AUGGCCAACGCAGCGGCCAAAAAAAUCGCAAGCCAAAAUGAGGCUACUGUAAAGACCCUGAAACUGGGGAUGCUUUUGCCAACUAUUCUGUCCCUCAUUCUGCGUUUCCUCUUUCGCAGAUCGUCUCUGCCGCCUUCCAAAGGCUCGCUCUUCCUCUACACGGCUACAUUCUUUCCUGCCUUCUUCCUAUCUAACUAUCUCAUCAAAAUUGGCACAACAAGACGGGACCCCACAACAGGCACAUUAAUAUCUUUUGGUGAAGAUCUCAGCCAGCCUGGCGUUAUCGAAUGGUGCUUUGAUGUCCUCUACAUUACCUGCAAGUCAAGGCUUUGCCAAAUUGGAUCUGGCGCGUUUGGCGAAUGGUUCUGGUGGUUCUACAUGGUGAUACCACUAUACGCUAUCUUCAAGCUAUGGACAUCAUUCAUCUCCCCUAUGGUCUUUGGAAGGUCCUCGGCCCCACCAGAAGAAUCGACUCCACAGGAAUCAACUAGCAAACGACAGGAGAAGCUGCGCAAAAGGAAUGAACGUGGCGACCCGCGGGUUCGUGCUCAGACUGUCAAGAGAUGA